AUGAUCCAGAAACUGAUUGACGCUGGUGACCUCAAGUACGUUCAGAAGGCAGAAACCGAUGAUAGGGCAAAACGAAGCAAGCAAGUCCAACUACCUGAGGGAAACCGAACACUCAAUACUAUUUCAUGCUCCGAAUCCAGCGAACCCUCUCUGACUGCCCAGGUAGGAAAAAGAUUGAGGAAACAAUUCGAGGAAUACUGCGAGCUAUUUAAGAUCAACGGGGUCGAAGUUGAUGAGCACGAAGAAUGGAUGAACGCACCAAUGACAUUUGACGCCGAAGAUAUCGAAGAAGACAUGGAGGACCACAACGACCCUCUAGUUCUCACUUUUCCAGUAGCGGGAUAUAACAUCAGGAAGAUCUUGAUUGACGGUGGAAGCUCCAUCAAUGUUUUGUUCUAUGAUACGUUCAAACGAAUGGAAUUGAAUGAUAAGCAACUGAUAUCUUCUUAUUAUACCAUCUACGGGUUCAACGGCGCACCAACGAAUCCCCUAGGAGACAUUGUGUUAGAAGUAGAGGCAGGACCAAUGAAGAUCGAGACUCGAUUCAUUGUGGUAGACGUUCCUUCUCCCUACAAUGCCAUCAUCGGUCGAAGAUGGGUCCACAAACUCAAAGGAGUAGCAACAACGUAUCACCAAUAA